CGCGAAGCCAGCGGAGAAAAUGGAGCCUCGGGAAGGCAACUCGAAAAGCGUUGAGGACGACGAUGGUGAAGACGCCGCCGAUGACGGAAGCAGGUUUACCUUGGAGGAGGUGCUGCGCCUCGGCGGGACUAAACAAGACUAUAUUAUGCUUGCUGCUUUGGAUGAAACAGAAGAAAUUGUGGAUGGCGGCAAAAAAGGAGCAAUUGAUGAUCUAAAUCAAGGUGAACUGGAGGCUUUUGUAAGCUCACUAGGUGUGAAUAAAUAUUCAGAGAAACUCUUUGUAGUGGAAAACAAAGAGGAGGAGGAGGAGGCAGCAGAAAAAGAAGAAAAAACACCCCAAAGAGAAAAAGGAAAACAAAAAAAAGUGAAUACACCUGAAGUGAAAGAAAACGGAAAAAUAGUAAAAGGACGUACAGAGAAAACACAGUCAGGUAAUGCCAAAGAUGGCAAGAAAAAGCUGGUUUCUGAUAGUAAUGAAAAGAGUGUUUUGUCACUUGGAACAAAAAAAGCAAAGGAAGAAGAAACCUUUCAGUUUCACGAACGACAGGCAUUGCUGAUAAAACCAGGAGGCAAAUGGUAUGAUCUGGAAUAUACCAAUGAAUUUUCUACCGAAUCCCAGAAUCCAUCUCUUGUUUCUAAUUACAAGGUUUUGGCCCAGAAACUGUACCAACAGGAAACAGAUCUGUAUAAGAACAAAACAAAUCUGCAAAAAGGAUCUUCUGCGUGGAUGAAAACUGUAGUGUCAUCUGGCACUCUUGCCGACCGAAUGGCUGCCAUGACCCUUCUCAUCCAGGAUGCUGCCGUUCACUCACUUCAGUUUAUAGAAACCCUGGUGAAUCUGAUCAAAAAGAAAGGCAGCAGAAGACAGAGCUUAAUGGCUUUGGAUACUUUCAAAGAGCUUCUCAUAACGCAUCUUCUACCAGACAGUCGAAAGCUGUACACUUUCUCUCAGCAUCCUUUCAACACACUGGAGCAGUUGUCGAGUGGCAACAGGGAUUCAAGGGACAGGCGGCUGAUUUUGUGGUACUUCGAGCAUCAUUUGAAGCACUGGGUGGCUGAAUUUGUGGAAGUGUUAGAAUCACUGACUCAUGAUCCCUUGGUGGCAACAAAGGGCCGUGCACUUUCUGUUGCUCAUGAACUUCUCUGUAACAAAGUAGAGCAAGAGAAAGCUUUCCUUGUGCAAUUGGUGAAUAAACUGGGAGAUCCACAAAACAAAGUAGCCACAAAAGCAUCUUAUCUCCUAGAGACAUUGCUUCAUAAACAUCCCAACAUGAAAGGCGUGGUGUGUAAUGAGGUAGAGAGACUUCUCUACAGGUCCAAUAUAAGCCCCAAAGCUCAGUACUAUGCAAUUUGCUUUUUGAACCAGAUGGUUUUGAGUCAUGAGGAAUGCGAACUGGCUAACAAGCUCAUAAUGCUCUACUUUUCCUUUUUUCGGUCUUGUAUCAAAAAGAAAGACGUUGAGUCUAAAAUGCUUAGUGCUCUGUUGACAGGAGUGAACAGAGCUUACCCUUAUGCUCGGGCUAGCGAUGACAAAAUAAAGGAGGAGAUGGAUACCUUGUUUAAAGUUCUACAUCUUGUGAAUUUCAGCACUAGCAUCCAGGCUUUGAUGUUGCUGUUCCAAGUGAUGGACUCAAAUCAGACUGUGUCUGACCGGUAUUACACAGCUUUGUACAAGAAACUUCUGGAUCCAGGAUUGGCACUAUGUGCCAAACAGUCAAUGUUUCUGAACCUUGUCUACAAAUCUUUGAAGGCGGAUGUGGUAUUGCGGCGGGUGAAAGCUUUUGUGAAGCGACUGCUGCAAGUGACAUGUGGACAAACACCACCAUUCACUUGUGGAGCAUUAUAUCUUGUGUCUGAACUUCUCAAAGUAAAACCAGGCUUAAGGGUACAGCUGCAAGAUCAUGUGGAAUCUGAUGAGGAGGAGCAUUUCCGUGAUCUUGAGGAAGAUGAGGGUGACAGUGUACAAGCUGAUAAAGAAGUGGGAAGAAAAACAGUGGAAAAGACUUUGACCUAUCAUGACCCCAUUUCAGAAGCAUCAUGGGUACAUCACCAGAAUCUAGAAGGUGGCAUAAAUAAGGGUGGCUAUGAUCCAUUACAUCGAAAUCCUUUGUACUGUGGAGCUGAUAAAACUAGUUUUUGGGAAUUAAAGAAGCUUUCAGAGCACUUUCAUCCAUCUGUGUCCUUUUUUGCAAAAACUAUCUUAGAGGGUAAUUAUAUUGAAUAUUCAGGUGACCCUCUACAGGAUUUCACACUGAUGAGAUUCUUGGAUCGUUUUGUUUAUAGAAACCCCAAAGUUCAUAAGGGAAAAGAAAACACCAGCAGUGUAGUCAUGCAACCAAAGAAGAAACAAUCUAUGAACAAUGUGCGGAAUCUUGCAGUUAAUAGUAAGGAGUUUCUUGCACAAGAUGAAAGCAAAAUUCCUGUAGAUGAAGUUUUCUUUCACAGAUUUUAUAAGAAGAUAGAUAUGCAGAAGGAGAAACGGAAACCCACAAGGGAUGAUGAAAGUGUAGAAGAUGUGGAUGAUGAUGAAUUUGAAAGAGCAUUAGAUUCAUUUGAACAAGAUAAUUGUUUUGAUUCAGAUAUCAAAGAUGACCUUAAUUUUGCUGGAAACAUAAAAAGCAAAGGGAAAAAGAAAAGCCAGGAUGAUGCGGCAGAUUGGGAAGAUUCUGAUGAGGAUGAUUUUGAUGACCUUGAUGAAGAAGAAGUUUCUCUAGGAAGCAUGGAUGAAGACUUCGGAGAAGAGGCCGAUGAAGAAGGAGGGGUUUUCAUGGAUGUGUCAGAUGAUGACAACAUCCCAGAUAAAAAUAAAGAUCAAGUCAAACCUGUAAAUACAAAAGGCAAAAGAAAAAAAGAAAUUGACUUCACUACAUCGAUUAAAGCAGCAAAGGAAGGCAAGAAACGAAAAAAAGAUACUCGCAUGCAUGCUGCUGCAGAAGAAUUUGGGUACUUACUGGAUGAAAACGUUGGGUCCAAAUUCGAUAGUAUUGGGAUGAAUGCAAUGGCAAACAGAGAUAAUGCAAAUUUCAAACAGCUCAAGUGGGAGGCAGAACGUGACAAGUGGAUUCACAAUAAGGAUAUGAAAAGUAUCAUCAAGCAGAAAAAGAAGUUCAGGCACAAACCGCUGAAAAACAAAUACAGAAUCAAAAAGAACAAAAAAUAAAUACAAUCCCAUUUUAUAUAAACUAUUUUAAAUUUUGUUUUACUUACAUCUAGUUUCUGCUGCUUAACCAUGUCUCUUGAUCUUUCUCCCUUUUGCCAUAUAUACCAGACCACUCAUUACUUUUGUAAUAAACUGUGAAGAUAGAAA